AUGCCGGGGGAAGCGCAAAACAAGUUCGACUUGGUGGACGUGGAGCCCAAAUUUCUUGAGUUCCACUACGAGUGUGCAGACAGCGUGGAAACCUUCCUUGAGAGAGAAAAAAAUGUAAUAAAAAGGAAGCGUUUGAAAAUAAAAAAUAUUUGUACAAAAACGCAGAACAUCAAAAUAUGCGAACCGGAUUCCAAGUAUCUUAAAAUUAAGGGAAUAAAAAAGAGCAAGUUGGCUCCUGGGACGAGUGAACAAAUUUUCAUUGAGUUUUCCUUCGCGGACGUGAAUUUUAAAACGGGCAAACUUGCAAACAAAGACAACAUCCUGCAUGUAGUUAAUAGCGUGGAGUCCACUUCGUACGUUACUGUGCAGAGCGAAUAUACAACUGUGAGCAUUCCGAUUUAUAUAAAGAAGAGCAUACCUGUGUUUGCCUAUGAUGAUGUUAUAAACUUUGGGGUCUGCAACGCCAAUCGGACGUACCAAUUCGCGCUGAGGGUGAAGAAUGUGGGCACGAGGAGGGGCACGUUUGCCCUCUCCCUGGAUGAUUCGCCAGGGGGAAGUGCAGACAAAUGUGCAGACGCACGUGCAGAUGAUGAACCGAUGGAGUGUUCGCAGAGCAGGAAAAACUCAAUCAAACGCCGCGACCGCAAAUGCCACCCUGAAGACAUGCUGAUUCAGCUUGACCAGCCUUCCCUCGACCUAAACGUCGGAGAAAGCAAAACGAUCAAUAUCACCGUCAGCAGCAAAGCGGAGGGGAAAAUGCAAAAAGAGUAUAAAGUCAUUUCGCAACAACAUAGCUACUUCGUAGAGAAGCAAAGAAACAUCACUAUCCUGGCCAUUUUCACAAACAGCCAUACGUCCUUCCUUUUCAACAAUGAAAAAACGAAUCUUCUGAAUCUUCACUGCUUGUACUAUGGGAGCAGGAAAAAGUACCAGGGGAAAAUAAAGAAUGAAAACAACUACGGUAUAGUUUGCAUUCCCCAAGUUAAUGCCAUCAAUGUGUUCUAUUCCAAGGAGGACCUCCAAUCGUACGCGGUAGAGAAAGGGGUGGACCUUUGUCAGAUAUGCCACGAUGUGUACCUUCAGGAGGAAGAACACUUAAGCGAAGGGGAAAAAAAGGAAAAGGAAAAACUGUUCGCCAUGACGAAGAAGAGGCUAAAGGGGGAGGAACACAUAGGAGUCACUUUCUGCAGGGAGGGAGGAUACCCAGUGGAAAAACUAUCCUAUCAGGAAGUCACAUUUGAGAUUCAUUCUAAAUGUGACGCCGGUCUUUUGCACAGACUUAGUAGGGACACGGCUUACCUGCUCAACUUCCCUGUCGUGGUGGAGUUAUCACUGCGGGUGGGACGGUCUCGCCAGGAAAACAACCAAGUUUAUCACGCAACCAAGCAUGUGCAUAGUGCAACACAACAGGUGCACCUUUCAACCCAUGAGAACGACCACACGUUCGACGAGGAGGUUAAGCUGUGUGUGGCAUUCUGCUUGACCUUCCCCUGCGUCCUGCCCAGCACCUACCUUCUGAACUAUGACAGCAUAGCCCCCAACGAGGGAAAAACGCUCAUCCUCGAGUUAAAAAACAGAAAUAAAUUCCUGACGGUUAAUUAUACCCUUUCGAAGAUCCCCUACUUGACGCUGAGCAAAAAGGAGGGGGUAAUCUCCCCCCAGGGGAAGGCAGUCCUAUCGUUAAAACUUCAGUGUGAUAGCGUCAAAAUGAUGGACGAAUACAUGUACCUCUAUUUUUGCAACAAUUUGUAUUUCAUUGUCCUUCUGGUAAGGGGGAAUAUCACUUCUACGAAUGCAUUACGGAAAGGAUCGUCCUCCAUUCUGCUUAACCCGAAAGGGGACUCAUUUAAAAGGAACACCCCCACACAUGGUAAUUCCAAACAGAGCCACGAUGAAGUAUACGAACAGAUACUCGCAAACCUAGAACUGGAAAAAGUGGACAGGAACUUUUACCAACUGGAUGGAAAGCUAGACAAAUAUAAGUACAACGAGAGAUUCAUCAACUUUUUAAAGAAAAAUAAAAAAAGGUACAACGAUGUUUUGAAGCUCAUGUAUGAGGAGAGAAAAAAGGGGGAGCAAUCAAUCCAGAGUGGGACCCAAAGUUUAGGCUCCCCUGAGAAAAGUGAUCAGAUGAAGGGCACAGAUAGACUCUCCAAAAUUGUAAAGGACAAAUUUAUAUACGUGAAUGAUCCCCCAGUGGAGCGAAUCUCCAGCACAUGCAUACAGAAGGGAGUCUACGAAAGAGAGAGGAAGAAAUACAUCCAAAUGAAGACACAAAAUUUGAAAAUAAAAAAUAGCGAAACUGCACACGCAGAAGGAGAGGAACAACCCUACUUGAUGCAGUUUGACAUGCUAGACGAAGAAGAACUGAAGAAAGUGCAAUUCGUAAGGAUCAUCCAAUUUGGGUAUGUCUUCCUCGGAAUAGAUUACACGAGAAAGUUUGUUGUCUUUAACCGGAACAAGCAGUGCAACGUAAAGUUGGCCCUCAGUCAUAGUGACAACGUCACGACUGACGGGGACAACAACCUUUUACUAGUCGGAAGGGAUUCUCACAAAAUGAGAAAUGUAAAGCUUAACAUAAGGCGGGUUACCAUAGUGGAGGAACCUCAUCAGGAUGGUAAAAGCUACGACCAUACUUGUUUUAACGAUGGUAAUGUUAGAAGUCAAACUGGAGUUUCUACUUCAUUUGCGGAGGGAGAUGCACUCACAGGUUCAUGUGCCGACUCACACAACGACUUUUUCCUCCUCAAAAUGUUUGAAGAGAAAAUUUCCCUCACAAUUAAUGACUCGCAUGAGAGGGAGGUCACCCUCGGGGCGACCCUUGUCUUCCUAAACGUGCUUGUCAACCAGAGCGUUCUCUACUUUCGCUUCUUCGAUGAGGACGUCGAUAUGGGUUGUGAGCGCCACCUGCUUUUGUACAACCCGUUCAACGUCCCUCUGCGCGUGGGGAUGGUCUGCAACCGAGCCCGCGUUGCGUUGGACCCGGAGAUUUCGGUACCGCCCAAUUCUCACAAAAUAGUCUCCGUCAAUUUUGUCGCCACGGAAAGUGCCACCAGCGUGACCGAGACCAUUCGACUGUACUUGGACGGGAGCAGGCUCUACAAAAGGUGUGUUUACGUGUGGGAUAUUAACUACAUAACAAAUUAUCUACCUGCCAGAUAUACCGUAAAAUGCAAAUGGAUCCCCAACAAGUGCUCCUACAGAGUCACCCCCGUCGAGCUCAACUUUGAAAACGUCCUCCUAAGCAAAAAUUAUGUGAGGGAGUUUUUCCUAAUCAACACGGGUAGGUGUCCCCCUGGAAUUGGAGACUCCCUGGUGGUGUUCCGAUGCAGCUACAAACCGGAUUGUGUGAGUUUACUUUCCAAGUAUAACUACGUGAGGAAGAAUGAGAAAGUCAAAAUCUUGGUGCUGCUCAAUUUAAAGGAAGGCAAAAAAAUAAAGGACAAAAUUGUACUUACCGUUAGGGGGGCACCUCAGUUGAUUCUCCCCCUGAGUGCCAAGGGCACCCCCUCCAACGUCCUCAUCUGUGACGGGCUGCACAUCCGGCAAAGAAGAGGAGAGCUAAAAUGCUAUGAAGUGAAAAUAUUGAACAGAGGACCAUGUGAUGAAACCAUCCUCUUAGACACCUCAUCUGUGGACUUCCUAAACAUCCAAAUGGGAGACAAAAAGGAAAGAACCUUCUCCGACAGUAUCAGCAAAGAGUACAAGGAUGCAAGUAAAAGAGAAGAUGCAGUAACAACGGAGAGGACUUACAACGAAGAAUACGAUGAUCUCCUGACAGACGAAUGUGCCAAGUACCAUUACAACAAUUUUCUGAAGCUCCACAAUUGGGUUGCAACGAUCUACCAAAAUAAAGGGCAAAUUCUUCUUAAGGAUAGAAGAGAAGCAAAAAAAAUGUACAGAGUUGUGGUGCCAUCCAAGUGCUUCCUCUCGUUGUGCAUUCAAUGUUACUCCACCAAGACGAUGAGGAAAGAAAUUACUUUCCAGAGUCUGCUCAACCGUAAUAGAGUUGCAUACGAAACAUCGGAAGAGUUAAUAAAAGUAGACAUUGAGGAAGGACACUUGGAUGUAUUUCCCCCUUUUCUACAAUUCAUGGAUUUACUCCCACAACAAGCUGACGAAGCGUACAUAUCAUACUUCUCGAGAGAGAAGACGAAAAGACUUACAAUCAGAAAUGUGUUCAGUCAACCUGUGCAGUGGGCACUCCGCUUGGAUGAGGAAAAGCGCAGGGAAGUUCACAUGGUUCGACACGCACACAGGGGGAUGGCAGAAUUUGCUGAACGGGAGGGGGUAUCGGCGAAGUCGAAGAGAGUGGACAGCAUCAAAACGGUUGGAGCAGCCAAAUCGUGCGAAACGGAUGAACCGACCCAGGAGCGCCAAUACCAAGUGCACCCGAGCAGGGAUCGAGGCAUUCUACAACCAAACGAAGAAACAACGGUGGACAUAAAGUUAAGCGGCUUCAAAGUGUGCGGAAGGUAUGUGGACGUGCUAGACAUCUCCUCCUCCCUCUUCAGUGAUCACAAUGCAAGGACUGACGACGGCAAUCACAGAAACAAUCAGAGCGACGCGGCACCAACCCAAAAGGAAGAAACAGAACAUGAGAUCCAUUUCUCCCUCUACAUGCUCAUACAUUGCGAUACCCCCAAGCUUCAGUUCGAUGUAACCUACAUAAACAUAAUUCACAACAAGCUGAACGAUUAUUGUUCCUUCCCCUUUCACAUAUAUAGCCAUGGGUACAACUACGUCAGGGUAGAUUACCAUUUCAAGAACCUGCACGCAGAAUGUUUUUCCAUCUCCCUCGACUUCAUUGAUGGAAAUGAAAUAAACCAACAGGUGAAGAAGCUACGCAUGAUGUUGAAGUGCAAAGCGUCCAGGUGUUUGAAGUUCAAGUCUCAUAUUGUCUUUAGCGUGAUGGACCAUCACCAGUAUACCAUUCCGCUGUUCGUGAGCAUCGACGAGGGGGUCGACUUCCUAUUGGAGAAGGCGGCCAUCAGUUCGUCCAUCGAGGAGAUCUGCCAUCCGAAGGAUGAACCGCUGCACCAUAUGGCGUAUGGCCUCCCCCCUGGAGGAAACCACACCGAAGACAUAACCAUAGAUAGAAAUCUACACCAGCAUAUGAACACAACAGACAUGCAAUAUGACAAACAGAACGAACUUUUCUCCUUUUUUUGCAAAAACGUGGAGGAAAUAAAAAGGGAAAAUACUAACGGAAAUAAUAUAUACAAGGGAAUAAAAUGUAGUAAAAUUAGUAAAAUCAGAAACGUGUACUACAAUAGGGAAGAGGAGGGGGUGUACCCACUGAGAGAUAUCAUUGGAGAUUACCUUUUCGUGUUUGUCCAAAAGGUUUUGUUACGCAAAAGUUACUUCCCCCAGGUGAUUGAAAGCACAAACGAUUUAUUUCUCUUCUUUGUGGAUCUGCUACUCGACCUAUUUUCUUCCAUCUAUCCAAACAGAAUUUUGCAAAACGUUAUUGUCGAACUGAAGAAGCAUCGAACUGUUGUGGUGAAGGACAUGGAGCGACAAGACCUGUUGGAUGAAAUGUUUACGAAAAAGGUGGAGGCCCUUUGGAAGUGCUUUAAAGAGGAGGAAUGCAUCCCCGUGGACCACAUCAUUUACGAAAAUUUGUUACCAGCGGAUUUGUACCUUCCCCACGUUUUGGACAAAGUGCCCGACUACUUCCACGUUGAGGAGGAGGACAAGAAUGACUAUGCCGAUAACACAGGGCACCUGUCCAUUCAACACUUGGAAUCAUUUCUCCUAAAUGGAAAUAAAAAGGUAUUCUACUUUGAGCAAAUUUUUAAAACGCACGUAAGGCUAUUCAGUUACUCCUGGAUCACCAUCUUCCUGGAGAUACUAAACAGGAGAAUGUUUGGCGGGAUCAACGUAACCUCGUUGAUCAACCUCCGUGGGGUUAAACUCUACAGCAUAGAAAACAAGCUGAACGAAAAUAUAAAAAUGUGCAAAAUUAGCUACCUUGUAAUUUUGGAUACACAAGACAUGGAGCUGAACAAGCAUGUCUCAUUUUUAAAUGGUAAAAAGAGUAGAUCCAGGAGAAAGGAAGUCAGCACUUUAACAAAACUGCACGUUAAUAGGGGUCGUACUGCUGCACUAAAUGUGGCAGGACCAUCUGUUAACACUCCUAAUUUGGUUGGUAGGGAUAAGAGCACCCCCCAGAGAAGCGAAAAAUAUGCGCACAGUUAUGUGAAGAAAAAGACAACCAAGGAUAAACCCUGCUGCGAAAUAAACUACUUCAAUUUUUACGAAAAUAAUUUUAUCGACUUGAAAAAAAUUGUCAAAAAAAUUAGCAGCUUUUGCUGCUCCGGGGGGGUAGAAGAGCUACCAAAUGGGGAGCAACAAACUGUGCAGGGGAAAAACGAACUGGAGAUUGCCAAAGGGAAUACAACCAUCAGGGGGGAGGAUAUUCCAAAAGGAGGGGAAAAGAAAACACCUGUUAAGAAAGAAUCCACCAAGGAGGUCGCGAAAGACGCGCCAAACGGAAUUGUCCACUUCAAAAGCGCAGAAUGCAUCCUCUUCGAGUGGCUCUAUUUUCACUACAACAAUGUGUACCACGCGAAGGUGGAGGAUACGUGGUACGUGUUUAAAGAACACCAUGGAAGAAGCGACGAUGAGUUGUCCUAUACGAAGGGAAAUCCUAAUGAGACGCUCAAGGGGGGCAAGCAGGAGGAAGCGCGCAAAAAGGGAACCCCCAGUUGCGUCCCAAGUGACUCUCACCAUGUUAGCGCUUCGGGGGAGCUAUCCCCAAGUCAGAUGCAGAAAAACCCGAAGUUUAGCAAAAGCAACUUCCAGGUCGAAAUAAAAAGAAAGAAAAAAUCGGUCGAAAAGAAGAAAAAAGCAAAAAACAUUGACGAAUUGAAGGACCUAGUGAUGAUCCUGUACACCAUCAUUUCUCACGUCCCCUAUUAUCUAUUCUUUAAAAAAAAAAUAAAAGUGAAGUGUAAAUCAAAAAGGGACUACAGCCAAAACGUUGACAUUCUACUUGUAAUGCUCAGAGAAAUGAAGUUGAGUAGCUUAAUAAGUAGACAGGUGAUCGUGCAGUUUAACUACAUGCAUAUAUAUCUGUUCUUGGCGUCCCUGUAUUUUAUCCUGCCGAGAUAUUUGCCCAGCUACUACUUGGUGCUGGACGACUUUCCCGCGUACAAGGUUGAUUUGAGCUUGAUAAAUGAUGAAGUGGUGAACAGCCGGAAGGGAGGCAAAAGUCAGCCAAUGGGUAAGGCGCAGCAACAAACCAAGGGGAAGCAGCCAACCAUGGGGAAGCAACCAACCAAGGGUCCACUACCCCCCCAAAACAAGACCAACGCACCAACCGAUGGGGAGAACGAAAAAACAAAUUGCGCAGACGACCAAACCAUGGCGGACGAACGGGUCAUAACUGUGUACAACUUAAAUAGCCACAUAUGCAAAUAUGAGGUAUUUCUCAUUGGAUGCAAUAAGUACCAAAUAGAUAGGAAUUACAUAGCCAUUGACCCCCUCAAGUCGGAACAAAUAAAAUUGAAAAUAGACAAGGGGUAUGACGAAAAGGUGCUGAAGUAUAGCUACCAUACUAGCAUUAAGCUUUCACAUUUUAAGAAGAAAAGACACAAAGGGGAUAUGUGUGACGGAGAAGAACCACACUUUGAGGGCAGUUACUCCGUUUCUUCCUGCUCCUCGGAAGAGUGCCAGUGUCCCUCCGAUGGGGCAGACAAAGUGGACGCGCGGACUGACGACGAGAGUCAGGUCAGCCCAGGGGAAGAUUACUCCAUCUUGGUGCUUCGGGCGGAAAGCAAUCACCUGCAGGACGAAAAGGACAGCGAGAAAUACAUCUGCAUCAAGCUGUUAGAACAUGGCGAAAAGGGGAAGGUCGAAUUGACGCCCCCAGGAGCGAACAUAAGGGGGAAACAAAAUGAAGGAAAUAACGUAAACGCUAAUGUAAACAAUGGAGGAACGAGGAGCGAGGUUAACAAAAUGCGCACAGCCAAUUCAUCUCAGCUAAAUAUUAUGCUAAAUGAUAGCGAAAUAAAGUGCUUUAAUUUGAGGGGAAAAGUGUACGAAAGUAAGUGUAUAGAAUUGGAUUUGUUCAAUAAUACGGGGAAGGAGGUCGAGGUGAAUUCGAACCUGUACCACUUGUACGUGAAGGAUUUGAAGGAGGAGAAAAAAAAGGACAAUUUCGAAACAGACGUAGUGAAUAGAUGGGGCGGUGACCAUCUGGGUGGGCACAACCAAUGCGCUGUGUGUGCCCUUGUUAAUGCCAAUUUGAGGAACCACUUGAGCGGCACACCAACUCACUUUAGCUGUUUCCACCUAGUCGACAAAAGCCGAUUUAGUUGUCUCCAAAAUGAGAGAAAAAAAAUACAAGUGCAAUUUUGCCCCUUUGCAGAAGGGAGUUAUUUCUGCUUCCUUCUCUUCAAUGUGAAUGACAAAAAGACCAACUACGUCGUGUCGGCAUGCAAAGUCAACUGCUCCUUUAACAUAAAUAACGUAAAGGAGGAAGAGGUCAUAAAGAUGAACUCCAAAAUUUUUAGCUUCUCUUACGAUUUAAAAGUUUGUCCUGUAAAUAGGGAGUUCCUCAAGUGUGUAAAAUUCAUCCUUUGUAAUUUGAACCAUCUGGAGGAAAGGCACUUUCUGUCUUACUUAAGAGGUUACCUAGGGGAUAUACAUAAGGGGAGGGACAAUUUUGUUCUCAUGUGUGAUAAUGAAGAGAAAGUAACGAUCGAAAAAGGCUGCGCAACGUUUGGCCCACUUGAUUGCGAUAAGUACAUGGAGAAAAUGGCAUCUUCUGAAGGAGUAGACAUAGAACAGCUGUACGAACUGGUGAAGAAGGAGGUCAAUUGUAUUUGCACUCUCCGGAUAGCAGAGCAAACUAAUGGAGUGUUCGAAUACAACUGCGCUGUCAUAAACCAGAGGAAUGUCCCCCAAGGUAGGAAUCAUCUAUCCUAUGAACAGAUGCGAAAAUUACACAUAAAGGAACAGAAGGAGAUAUGCGACCCUUUCUACAAAGUAUACAAAAUUAUCGCAAGUGUAAAUGAUGGAAACAGUACCCAAUCGUUAUCCAUUACGUUUAAAACGAGUGCAUUCCUGAUGGUGAAGAAAGCCAUUCCUGUGUAUAACUACACCAACGGGGUUGUAAGGUACAGGCGUGUGUAUUCAGACAUAUUGGAUGAGAAUAAUAAGAUACUAUGUUACAAUAUAUUUAGCUGCCCAGAAUACAUAGAAAUAGGAAAAGACGUUGAAUCUGUCAACUUUGAAGUGAGCUGUUACUCCAUCAUAGCGCUGACAUGCUCCUGCUGCAUCACUCUGUAUAACGUGAACAACGAAGAGGAACAGAUAAAGAUAAACGUACAUGCUAAUGUUAUGAAGCCCUACCCGAAAGACACCAUCCAUUUGAAGCUACUAAAUAGAAUGAGAAAAACAGCACAGAUAGAGAUAUACAACGAUUUGAAUGCCCAUUGUGAAUUUAAGGUUUACUCAGAUUUGUCCAUCCUGUUUGGUGUAAAGAAAAUAGAAAUGCUGCCAAAGGAGAGAAAGGCAUACACGUUCUUCGUAACAAGUGCACACAUAGGAGAAUACAUGGGGUGCAUCAUCUUUAAGCUUCACAAGCUGCUUCGUUCAAAUCGUGGAGAAGAAAAAAGGAAGGACGUUUUCCCCUUUGGGAACUACUUUUUCUGGUAUAAACUAAACAUCACCGUUGAGUUGAAUAAACCAUUGAAGAUUUUAUUCUUCGAAACGAAUGUAGGAGAGGAAGUCAAAAAAGAUAUUGUUUUAAAAAAUAACGGAAAGGAGAAUGAGGAUUAUUUUCUGCUCGCCUACAUGAAUGAGUAUAUUGAGAGGAGACAGGUCCAGGUGGCCAAAAAUGACAUCUACGUGUAUAGCAUUAAGUACGCUCCAAAGAUUCCCAACUUUUUUAAUGAGGGUGUAAUAAACGGGGGAAAUACCCCUGAUGGGGACAACGAUCCUACCAUCCAGAGGGACCUCCAAAAUUUUUACUUCCCCCAGAAUGGCGACUCCGAUUGGUGUGGCGCCCCCGGGGGUGACGAAUCUAUCCAUAGGGAGGAAGGUACAACGGAAUUGCCCCCCAACCAAGGCGCUACGCAGAAGCAGAAGCAUAAACCAUUUCCCCCCAAUGAGAAAAAAAUAUUCGAAGAUCUGAUCAGCUACUGUAAGAAGUACAUUCAGGUAGACAUUCCGUACAGGCCCCAAAACAUAGGGUUCUUUUUUAUCUACAACAAAAAUGAAGGAAUCAAUUACUACAUCUUGUUGUUGCUAUCCAGGAUGAGGAACCAGUUGGAGGUGGGAAAUUUCUCCACCUGUUUAUCCAAGUCCUGCUUCCUCCAUUUGCACUUCCAGUUUAAUGAGGAGGACAAGCGAUCUGUCCAUCUGUUGGAAGGGAUGGGCGAUCCCCCUGCUGGAAAUUAUCACUAUCAAAUCGUGGAGGGGGUGAAACCUCCCCCCGGGGUGGGAAAUGCUUUAAUAGAAGAAAAUUUCCAACGAGGCGCUAUUCACACGUGUUGUGCUUACCAAGCAUAUGAUGACGAAUGGGGGGAAGAGGUUCCGAUGGGAAGUGCAAACACUUAUAAGGAUGCCCCCAUUUGUAAGGACAACACAUGCAAUGAUUGCGCAUCGGAUCAGGUGAAGCAUGAAUUGAAAUGCAUCUACCUAAGCAAUAGAAAUAACUUCCACAUUAUAAACCAUAAGGACCUAAGUAGGGUUGUUCUAAAGUACAGGCCAACCGUGAAUAUGUCCCAAGAAUGCUACGCCAUAAUUAGGAGCAACCUGCACGGGGACUUCCUCUACCGGAUCCAUGGCACAUACACAGUGAAGAGAAAAAUAAAGGAAAAAAUGGUCUUCUACAACUCGUGCUGUUUGUACAAUUUUAACGUAAAUCUGUUUAACCCCUUUAACUGCAAAGUGAGGGUGAAAUGUAGGUUCAAAGGGGGAGGCAUAAACCAGUUAUGCAAGAACGGUGAUGUUGCGCAGGGAAGGGAAGAGAAAGACAUGGAUGGACAGUACAACACAUCCUUGCAAAAGGAGCGAGUUCUACUAAACAACGAAAGGAAUUACCUAAAAAUAUUGAAUAAAGAAAACUUUAAAAUAAAAAUGAGGAGGCAUUUUACCAUUAUGAUGACUUACUUUUGUAGAGAGGUUUAUUCGAGGAGGACGGUGCUCAUAGUGAUGAAGCCGCUUCGCAGGGGUGAAACUACUCAUGGGGACGUUCCUCGGAUGAUUACUUACGAAUACGACUUUGUGUUUAACAAUUUGUUGCGGAGUGGCAGGAUCAAGGAUGCGCUGCGGUGCAUUCCCGCUGUGGGUCCAAGCAAGAAUGCGGGGGGAGAGACCAACUUAGGCCAGAAGGAACCAUCCCCAGAGUGCGAAGACCUAGGUGUAAGCACACCAUGCUAUUGGGAUGCGGUUGUCGAUGAUCCUGGUAGCCAGGCGGAAGGUAACCCGUGUGAUGCAAGCGAUGGGGAAGCCCACCCGUCUGAACAAUCUGAAUCGAGUCACACCUCACGCAGUCCCUCUGCAACCAGCGAACGAAGUCAUUUCACGCUGAAGGCAAGCGAAUUGGACACAGCGGACGUGCUGGACGGGGAGCUCAAAUUGGAAGAAGUUGAUACAAGCGAAUUUGAGGAGCACCACACGUGCUUUAGUCCCCCCGGGGAUAAGGCCCUAUGGUGUCCUAAUGACUACGACGUAGAAAACGACAUAACGCCCGAAAGGAUUCUCCCCUCUGGAGCGGAUAAUAAAGAUGUGGUGCACUACGACGGGAAAAUAUUUAUCGAAAGUAUGUGCAAAAGGAAGACGUGCGUAGAGGUGCACAUAGAUAAGGCCAAGAUGCGGGCAGGGCCAACUUCCCCCCAGGAUGCUGACCGACUGGAGAGACAAAAUAAUUCGCUUCACAGGAAUGUGCAAAGGGGAAAGUAUAACUAUAAAAUAUUUUUACUAAAUGUGAAAAAUGUUAAUAAAAGCGUGGACAGCGUUGAAGAUGACGGUGGAGGUGGUGGUGGACCAGUCGGGAUGGACGUAAAAAUGAAUACGCUCCUUUUCGAUGUGAAUGAAGGACUGCUAAAUGAUUACCUGUAUGUCCACAUUGUGGAGGACACGGACACGCGCCUCGUGCUGACUUUGGAGCUGUUGGCAUUUCUGCCCUUCCACUGCAGCUUUGACGUUUUGGUAAGCAGGACCGAAACAGUGGGAGAAGCCUACAAUGUAAUCGAGGAAUUUUGCGAGGGAGAGCCCCACCGUAGAUGCACCACCCUCGACCAGCAUAACAUAAGCGUAGAAAUAUUAAACUGCAUGAACGUAUCGAGACAGUACCUAAACAUCACCGUUGACGAUAAUUUAUGUGGAGAGACAAAGCUUAACAUUUUUUAUAACCACACAAGGGACUCCUACUUCGACGCGUAUGUGGUUAGGCAUGAUCAGCUAAACAGCAACAGCCACAUGAGGGAUGAAAUUUUAAACUUUGAAGUGAAGCCUAAAUGUGGGAUUCUAAAGCAUGGAUGUUACAACAAGUUUUUCAUUACAAGAACGAACAAGAAUGGGGUCUUAUCAUUUAACAACUCGUUUUUGCUUUUAAUUAAAACGGAGCGGAAUGUCUUUUCGUACAUGGUCUUUUCUCGUUACAGGGCGGCCCCCAGCGGUGCGCUCGCAACGGAGGAGCAUAAUAAGAUAAAGGAGAUCCUCAACGAGAACAAGAAGAAGUUCAGCGUGCUCUUCAGUUCGUUCAAGAAGGAAAAGAAGGAAAGUAGUAUCUUCAACCAGAAGAACCAGAUAAUCAUUGAAGAUAUUUCCAAGUCGACAAACGAAAUCAGAAAUGCCUAA